GUUCUGAGCGGCAUGGUGCUUGCCUGUGAAUGAACCAACUCAUGUUACUUUUACCUCCGUGCUUUCAUUUAGAAAAUGUCAUCUAAAAAAAAUAAAAGUAAAAGCAAAAAGGCGAGUGAGGGAGACAACUCAAGCCUGAAAAGUGGGGAAGAAGGAGAUAGCUCUGGAAUCGGAGGGCAACAUAACGGAGCUCUAAGUGCAAUAGACUACAUUGAGAAAGCAGAUGAAAAGGUUCCCAAAAGAUAUAGAUGUCUUCUUGCGCAACUGAGUCUCAACACAAUGAAAUCAUGUGGUGCCUGCAUCGGAAGACCAGUCCUUCUCUCUACCACUACAGGACAACAGGAGGUGUGCUUGGCUUGGCCAGUAGGAGCGUUUCCCUCAAGGAAGGUGGGCCUCACGAGAAGCACUCAGGCCAGCCUGGGAGUCAAAUCCGGGGAUGGGGUUUUCGUCCAUCCAGUGACGGGGCCCAUUCUGCAGGCUGAGGAGAUUGAACUGUCCCUCUGCCAAGAGGAUAGAGAUCUUAAUGUUGAGGAAUUCAGCAAAUUUCUUCUUCGGAUAUUGGAUGGGAGGAUAAUUCUGCCAGGAAGCACUCUGUCAGUGACCUUUUUUGGACGCACCUGCAGUAUAACGGUUGAGAGUGUAAAGGGGGUGGAUGGACUCUGCCAGGAGAGGACGGUCUCCCAGGACAAUGCAGACGCGACCCACCCAGACGAGAGCUCCGCUCUGGGGUCCAGCUCCCUGGACGUCUCCCUCCAGCUCAGUCUCCUCAACCUGGAGGACCAGGACAGCAAUGUGUUGGUCAGCACACCCUCCAAACCUGGCUUUCCAGUCAGGCCCAACCCGCCUUCCCCAUGUCUCUCUACUGACAGCCCUCUACCCAGAAUGCCCCAGACCCCAGAUGCCCUGGCAGACAGUAUAGCCAGCAUCGCUCUGGAGGGAACACCUGGAGGAGACACCCAGCUGGACGCCAGUGUCUCCACAGCACCACCUGGUGGACGAUCAGGAUCUGACACCUUCUACUGUGUGGCUGGGAGAAGCAGGCUGAGGUUCAGGGGGAACGAGGGGGGUACGGAGGGGGAGAAGGGGGCCUCUGAGGUGCCCAUGGUGACCUACAGCAUGAUCGGAGGCCUGAGCAGCCAGCUGGACACCAUCCGGGAGACCAUCGAGCUGCCUCUCAAACAUCCCCAACUCUUCAAGAGCUACGGAAUCCCAGCUCCAAGGGGAGUUCUACUCUACGGCCCUCCCGGCACAGGCAAGACCAUGAUUGGACGAGCCAUAGCCAAUGAGGUGGGAGCUCACAUGACCGUCAUCAAUGGCCCAGAGAUCAUGAGCAAGUUUUAUGGAGAGACGGAGGCUCGCCUGAGGCAGAUCUUUGCAGAGGCGUCUCAAAGGCGGCCUGCCAUAAUCUUCAUUGAUGAGCUGGAUGCCCUGUGUCCUAAGAGGGAAGGGGCCCAGAAUGAGGUGGAAAAGCGAGUGGUGGCCUCCCUGCUGACACUCAUGGAUGGCAUCGGAUCGGAGGGCCACACGGGUCAGCUGCUGGUGCUGGGGGCCACCAACCGUCCCCACGCACUGGACCCCGCCCUGCGGCGACCCGGCCGCUUCGACAAGGAGCUGGAGGUGGGGGUGCCGGGGGCGUCGGAGCGGGCGGACAUCUUGCGAAAGCUGCUGCGGCCCAUGCCCUGCCGCCUCUCGGAGCAGGAAGUACUGGAGCUGGCGGAGGUCGCCCACGGUUACGUAGGAGCCGACCUUGCUGCCGUUUGCAAGGAAGCAGGGUUGCACGCGCUCAGACGGGCCUCGGGGACCGGCUCUCGAUUGAGUGACGCGGAGGUGAUGGAUGUCAUAACGGUGACCUUCGCCGACCUUCAGCAGGCCAUGUCAGAGGUCAAACCCAGUGCCAUGCGAGAGGUAGCCGUGGAUGUCCCAAAGGUGUGCUGGUCGGACGUGGGCGGGAUGGCGGAGGUGAAGCUGAAACUGAAGCAGGCCGUGGAGUGGCCCCUGAGGCACCCCGAGGCCUUCCAGCGCAUGGGCAUCAAGCCCCCCAAGGGCGUGCUGUUGUACGGGCCGCCCGGCUGCUCCAAGACCAUGAUUGCCAAGGCCCUGGCCAACGAGAGCGGACUCAACUUCCUCGCCAUCAAGGGCCCAGAGUUGCUGAGCAAAUACGUUGGGGAGUCGGAGAGAGCUGUUCGAGAAGUUUUCAGGAAGGCCAGGGCAGUCGCCCCAUCCAUUGUCUUCUUUGAUGAGAUCGAUGCUCUGGCCGCCGAGAGAGGAAGCUCGUCUCGCUCCAGUGGCGUGGGGGACCGAGUGCUCGCUCAGCUCCUGACAGAGAUGGACGGCAUCGAGCAGCUCAAAGCAGUCACGGUGCUGGCCGCCACCAACCGGCCCGACAUGAUCGAUAAGGCCCUGAUGAGGCCCGGACGCCUGGACCGGAUCAUCUAUGUGCCACUGCCCGAUGCAGACACGCGUCGGGAGAUCUUCACCCUGCAGUUCCGCUCCAUGCCUGUGGAACAGGAGGUGCAGGCGGAGGAACUGGUGGCUCUGACCGAAAAGUACUCUGGAGCCGAGAUAGCGGCAGUAUGCAGAGAGGCUGCCCUGCUGGCCCUGCAAGAGGACAUCAAAGCCCAGAGUGUCGCGAGGAGCCAUUUUGAGAGUGCGUUGCGAGCGGUGAAGCCCCGGGUGCCAGCCUCCCUCAUCCAGUCCUACAUGGACUACCAGCGGCAGAGUGGACAGCCUCUCUAGUGCUGAUGUCACAGACACAGACAGACCCCCAACAAGAUUCCGGAGCUGACGGCAUGCUUUUGUCUGCGUACUCUCUCUCUCUCUCUCUCUCUCUCUCUCUCUCUCUCUCUCUCUCUCUCUCAUGCUUAGCAGUCCGACGCCCCCCAGUACACCCACAACCCCCACCCCUCCCCAAACCCGCGUCCCAAAUCACCCUGUGCUGGUCCUGGGGAGUGCAGGGGACAAAAGAAAAGAAGAUGAAAGGGCCAGGAAGGAUAAAGGACCUGUGAUUGAUUGUUUGCAUUUUUACUGUCGCAGCCCCGAGCAACAAGCCUGCAAGGGUUUACCAGCAGUCUCCUCUGUUAAUACAAUCAACACAAAUCUCACUGAGUGGUAUGACUUGUAAUAAAAUGUGUAUUUUGGAAAUGUGCCAGUGUGUAUUUGUUUUGAUGUUGCCAUUGUUGUUUGUUAAGAAUAAGUAAGAGAAUAAUUUGAAGAAAAUAGGCAAAAGGUAUAAGGGUGGGGAAAUAAACACAU